CUUGAAAAGGCAGUGGGUUACGAUAACAGAAGACGACUAAUAGCGCAAAUACGUAAAGCUAAACUGCAAAUUGAACCAUCAAACAAUGAUAAAGAUUCAAAGAACGCCGGAACACGUUCAUCAAAGGUAUAUAAUUUCAUUUUUGUUUACAAAAUAUCUAAUUUAUUACUACUAUUUACUACUAUUUAUACACUGCUUAUUGAUUAUGUAGACCGUUCGAGACGGUUCGCCAGCUCAGCCACAUAAACAAAAUAACAGUACUACCUUAGACAAUGUCUCGUUUUUCAAAACUCGGAAAACCAUAAUUAAAACGGAAAGAAGUAUUUCACUACGAGAAUCGCAUUCGACGCUUAAUAGAAAUUUACAGUCUUAUUCGCCUCAAAAUGCGACUACCAGGUCGCUACCAUUCGAGGAAUCUCGAUCCAUGCUACCGCAAGAAUCCCCGAGAGGGAUUGAAAACGAUCUUAGUUCUUCAUUUAAGAAAACGGUUACACGAGUUGAUAAAGCCCGAUCUCCAUCACCCUAA